AUGGACGACACCGCCCUGACUCCCCUGUCCGAUGUCUCUGCGGCGCCCUCGAUUGACUCUCUCGAUGAAGCGGGCAUGCCACCGCGGCCUGCGCGCGUCACUUCAUCUGGAUCUUUCGAUAGUCUUCAAAGACACCGUCAACGAAACCCCCGAGCUCGGCGUCCGGUGAAGGAAACGCUGGACGCCCGCUCCGAAUAUACUACGAGCCAAGACGAUGGCACGGCCGAGCACCGCAUCAAUCAAUAUAUCAUCAAACAGGAGAUUGGACGAGGGUCAUUUGGUGCGGUCCACCUGGCAGCUGAUCAGUUUGGCAAUGAAUAUGCAGUGAAAGAGUUCUCCAAAUCCCGGCUGAGGAAGCGCGCACAAUCACAUCUAUUACGGCGACCGCGCGGACCUCGACGACCUGGUACGGGAUUCAAUUCGCCCCUACACCGCCAUCCAUCUCAAGACGACGAUGAGAACGCAAAGAAUCCGCUGUACCUGAUCAAGGAGGAAAUUGCAAUCAUGAAGAAGCUGAACCACAACAACCUGGUCUCGUUGAUCGAAGUGUUGGACGACCCGACUGAGGAUUCCUUAUAUAUGGUCAUGGAGAUGUGCAAGAAAGGUGUUGUUAUGAAGGUUGGCUUGGAAGAACGAGCCGAUCCAUACGACGACGAGCACUGUCGAUGCUGGUUUCGCGACCUCAUUUUAGGAAUUGAGUACCUGCAUGCACAAGGGAUCGUUCAUCGGGACAUCAAGCCUGACAAUUGUCUCGUGACCAAUGACGACGUGCUGAAAGUGGUUGACUUUGGUGUCUCGGAGAUGUUUGAAAAGGAUUCGGACAUGUUCACUGCCAAGUCGGCUGGCUCUCCGGCUUUCCUUCCACCAGAGCUGUGUGUAGUCAAGCAUGGCGAUGUCUCUGGCAAGGCAGCGGAUAUUUGGUCGAUGGGAGUCACUCUAUAUUGUCUCAGAUACGGCAAGCUCCCGUUCGAGCAGCAAAGUAUCUUCGAACUAUACGAGAGUAUUCGAAGUGAUUCUGUGGACUUUGAGGAUGAGCAGGAUGAGAAAUUCAAGGAUAUGAUGACUCGUAUCCUUGAAAAGGACCCCGCGAAGCGUAUUAAGAUGCGUGAUUUGAGGGAACACCCUUGGGUAACUGCCAAUGGAGCAGAUCCUCUUCUCUCCUAUGAAGAAAACACGGCACAGCUUAUCGAGCCACCCACGGAGGAGGAAAUGAACCUCGCUAUCACCAAGAACAUGGGUCAUUUGCUAACUGUGAUGAAAGCAGUAAAGAGCUUCAAGCGGUUAGUAGAUCCGUCCAAGGCAGGAUCAGCCUUGCAAAGUAUCUUGGGUGGCGAACAUGAUGCUCACUUUGUGGCGCCACCUAUGGAAAUGGACGAGAGUGAUGACUUCCCGACCGUUGGGCUGGAUCCCAACGCCGAGCGUGCUUAUCAUCGUCGUUUCGCUGGUGGUAUCAGGAAGGCUCUAGGACGGCACCCUAUGCUGGCAGGUUCACAUGGUCGGGACGAACCAAGCGCAGAGCGAUCUCCCGCAAGCAAUCCACUAGGCGUUGCAUCUGGUGUAGAGGAUAGUGCGACCAGCAGCCAACGGUCUAGAGGCGCCUUUGAGCCCCCAGAGAGAAAAGACUCUGGCUCCAUACGAAGCGGGAGGUCAACUGGAAAAGUAGACGCCACUGGAAUCCACUCUCAGUCGGCAUCACCCCAUCCCGCGCUUUCACGAGCUAGCUCCGCGACCACCAAGCGCAGCAUGGAGGGAACGAGAGGCCAUGCACGGGAUCCUCUUGAAGAAGACUUCCCGUAUCUCUUCAUUGGUCCAUCAACCUACACCGGCACGUCCCCUCAAGAACCCAGCGGGUUCAACAUUGGCAGCGCCCCGACACCAAUCUUCGACGAGCCCGAUAGCGCAGACGAUGCAAUGGAUCCCGCCCUGGAUGCAGCCGUGGCCGACGAGCCCAUGCAGAUUGUCAGCGAAUCCCCCGGUGCGGCAGAAUUCGACAUUUACGAAACGGCAUACCGCAAGGAACUCGAGCGCAUCAAGUCCAAUACGUCCACCUUCCCUGGCGCCGGCGCCAGCCCCAAGGUGUAUCUCACUCGUCGUGUAGAGGGCAAGCACGAGGUGAUGAAGUUUGUCAAGGAUAAGGAACUUGAUGUGCAGAUCGGGAGUAAGAGAGCCCUUGCGUCGUCGGGUGGCAGGUCCGCGACGGCGUUUGGCGCGGCGGUGAGUUUGUUGCGUAACCAGAUGGAGCAGAAGAAGGAGGCCGAUCAGAGGAGGGAGGAUGAUACCCCGGCGGUAGAAGAGUCAAGUCAGGGACAGGGGCAAGAGGUUGUGGAAAACUGGCAGAGUUCUCCUCCCCGUGAGCGCAGACAAUCUCAUCCUCCUUCCUCGUCUCUCUCGUCGCAGUCAAUUCCUGGGCCUGAAGCAUCGUCUUUCGAGGCAACGGGUAUUCCGGCUUCGGACUCGCAGGAUUCAACGGCGCAGCUGCGUCGUCUUCUCGGUCGUGCUCGUGAUAAGUCUGGGGAGUAG